AUGUCCGACUCGUCGGCCAGCAACUCUUUCUUGGAGCAGACUGUCUCGCUGAUGAGCAGUGCGGCAGGCUACAUGCGCUUGCCUGCGAUAGCUUCUACUGUAUGCCCCGACACCUCUGCGCAUCCCGCCCAGUGCCUGAAUGGCUGCGCCGUCACCCGCGCCGACUGGUCCAGGGGGCAAGGGGUCGCGGCGGUUUUGACUGCCCUUCUCUACUUCAAGCAAAAGGCAUUGAUUUAUCCAUCUCACGUCCCGGCCAACGCCCGAACCGACGUGCCCCGUCCGAGCCAGUUCAGCUUCAGAGACUACGAGGAACUCAUCAUACCAACUCCAGAUGGCGAGAAGCUGUCGGCCUUUUACAUCCGCGGCCCUCGCGGCGGCCCGAACUCCACGUUGACCGUCCUGAUGUUCCAUGGCAAUGCCGGCAACAUUGGCCACCGCCUGCCAAUUGCACGCAUGCUGAUCGCCGCUGCUGGAUGCAACGUCUUCAUGCUGGAAUAUCGAGGAUACGGCAUAUCGACCGGCCAGCCCGACGAGUCCGGCCUGAAUAUCGACGCGCAAACCGCCCUCGACUACCUCCGUGACCGCGCCGAGACGCGGGACCACAAGAUUGUCGUGUACGGACAGAGCUUGGGCGGCGCCGUCGGCAUCCGUCUGGUCGCCAAGAACCAGGCGGCCGGAGACAUCGCCGGCCUGAUCCUCGAGAAUACCUUCCUCAGCAUGCGCAAGCUCAUCCCGAGCAUCAUGCCGCCGGCAAAGUACCUUGCCUAUCUGUGCCACCAGGUCUGGCCGAGCGACACCCUGAUCCCGAGCAUCAAAGUACCGACGCUGUUCCUGAGCGGGCUUCAGGACGAAAUUAUCCCACCGAUUCACAUGAAGCGGCUGCACGACCUGUCCAAAGCCCCCAUCAAAAUUUGGAAGCCACUCCCCGGCGGCGACCACAACUCGAGUGUGAUUGAGGAGGGCUACUUUGAGGCCAUUGCCGAUUUCAUGAACCGGAUUGUGGCGGACAAGAAGCAGUGACCAUCCAGCCUACCAUGUGUUGUUGUACAACUCCAGCACAGCAGCUGAGACACCGUUUCCGGGACCAUUACGGGGCUUGGCCAGCUGCGUGGUACUUUUGGAAUUCGAACAGGGUUGACGGAGACGGAGCACCUACGCAGUUUAAAAGAAUAUUGCUCGUUUUUUAUCUGCACACUUGAUACCCCGACCUGCGUCAAGAAAUAUCAGCAGGUCUCUAUCCUAGACUCAACCGAUUAUAUGGCAGAUCUUGUGCACCAGGACCUGAUACGUGCUGGACGCGUUCAUGGCCCAGACAUGAUGUGUUUGAACUUGGUGUUUAUACCGGUUAUUCCAAGGUGUGUAUGUGCAUGCCGACUAGGAUUGCCCACUUGAGCCGUAGGUAGCAGUUUCGUGAAAGAAGAGUUCGAC